AUGGGUACGGCGGGUCCGCCAAUCUUACCUGACUCUCCGACGGGGGCUAGGGAUGAUCAGGAAACGCGCAGCACAAGUACGAACCAUGGUGAAGCAGUUACAGAAGGAAAUUUGGAGAAAAUAAUUGAAGCGAAAGAAAUAGGGGUGGAAUCGGAUGAUUCUAAGGUGGUCCAAAAGGCAGUCGUUGAUGUUUCUACGGAUGAUUCUAAGGAUGAUUCUAAGGAAGACAGAGCAGCAGGUACAAAGCUCAGAUUGGAAGAGAGAACCAUUGAAGGGUACAAGGAAGGUCAGAAGAUCGUAGAGAUUCCAAAUGAAAUUAUCGAGAAUGCAAAUCAGCUAUUUGAUGAUUUUUUAAUUGGCAAGUUUCUUGACUCUGCACCACAUAUUGCUCGUGUUCAUGCGAUAGUUAACAGGAUCUGGAAUCAAGGAGAUGGCUUUCAGAAAAUAGAAGUUUUUGCAGUGGAUUCUACAACAAUGAAGUUCAAAGUCUUAAAUCCGUUGAUGAGAUCCAGGAUUCUCAAGAGGGGUAUGUGGAACAUUGGCAACAUCCCCUUGGUUGUUACUAAAUGGACACCUGAAGAACUUGAAGAGAAGCCGGAAGUAAAAUCCAUUCCACUCUGGGUACAUCUAAAAAAUGUGCCUCUGCAUAUGUUCUCAUGGGAGGGACUUAGUUUCAUUGCAAGUGCAGCAGGAUUCCCUGUAAGACUACAUCCUGAAACCGCUUCGUGUUCAAACUUUAAGCUUGCCAAGAUAUUUGUGAAUGCUGAUUUGUCAAAGGAGCUACCCACGAAGAUAAACUUCACAAAAGAUGGAAAGUCUUCAUUGGUGGAAUUCAUCUACCCGUGGCUACCUCUAAGAUGCAAUACUUGCAGUAAGUGGGGACACACAGAAAAAUCUUGUGUAAUGAAUAAGAAAGAUGGAGUGAGUUUGGAAGAACAUAUACAAAAAAGUAUGGAGAAGGUAACAGAAGGUCAAGAAAAGAAGGUUGAUGGUAAGGAUCCUGUGAUUGAGUUAGUAGAAUCUGAGGAAGGAAAAGAGAAGCGGGCUGAUAUUAGAGACAUGGAAAUUGAAGAAGGUCAGAUAAGAGAGGAUUGGUCAGAUGUUAAUUCAGGCAGGAAAAGAAGUCCAACUAAGAGAAUGCUUGAAUAUGGACAGGUUCAACUGUUGACGCCAUCUAGAUUUCAGAUUCUAGAUCAGAUCAGUGAGAAAGGGGAUUUAUUAAAUCAAAAGAAUAAAGAGGAGACAGAGCAAGGAGAGAGUUUUGAGUCAGUAUGGGCUGUGAUUGAAGAAGUAAGAGUGGAAGAAGAUAAGGGUGAUGAAGAGAUGAACGAUACUCAAAAGAAUGAGGAAGGAAAAAAUAAUGAGGUGGAUGCUGAGGAAAUGGUAGAGGAGAUAAACUUGAAUGAGGAUGUUACAAAGGAGGAAGAUAAAAAAAGAAAAAAAAGGAAAGAAGAGGAGGAAGAGCAGAGAGAAGUAGUAAAAUCCCCAACAUAUUGUGAGAUUGUGAGAAGUGAAAAUGGGAAGGAAGCUCCUCGUACUACAAAGCCUGAUCCUGCGAAUGUUAUUCAACCAUCUCUCCCGAGGAACUCGAAAACAUAUCAUAAGGUUGUCCCUGAGAACCACUUACCUGGUAAUCAAGGAAGAAAAGGCAAUCAGACAAGAGUUAAGGAGAAUAAAGCAAAGCAGAUUGUUUCUUCGGUUUUUAAUGGUUGGUCUUGGAUUAAUAACUAUGAGUUCAGUAGGAAAGGGAGAAUUUGGGUAAUGUGGAGUCCUCAUACGCGUAUUACUCCAGUUUUCAGUUCUAGUCAGAUAAUAACAGUUUCGGUUUUACUAGAAGGUGAAGAAGAGGAGUUUUUCUGUUCAUUUGUCUAUGGAGAAAAUUUGAUGGAGGAUAGGAAGGAUCUUUGGCGGGAUAUAAAGGAUCAUCAGAAUUCGGCAAUGUUUAGAGGGAAGCCGUGGAUAAUCAUGGGCGAUUUUAAUGAAAUUAUUGAUGGCGAAGAGCAUUCAAAUUAUCAGGAUUCGGGUCUCAUUAAUGAGGGUAUGAGGGAUUUUGAGCAUGUUAUUCAGUAUUGUCAUUUUAUGGAUCUUGGGAGUCAGGGGCCUAAAUUUACGUGGUGUAAUAAGAGAAAGGAGGGUCUCAUUUGUAAGAAGUUGGACAGAUUUCUAGUAAAUGAUAUCUGGUUACACAAGCAAGAUAAAUCGUAUGGAGUAUUUGAAGCUGGAGGUUGUUCUGAUCAUCUUAGGGGAAGAUUUCAUCUUCAAGCUGAGGCAAUAGGGAAAAGAAGACCUUUCAAGUUCACUAAUGCAGUCGCAGAGAUGUCUGAAUUUAUUAAGCUGAUAGAGGAUUUCUGGAAAAGUAAUCAACCCCUCUUCCAAUCGACAUCAGCCCUAUUCCGAUUCUCAAAGUCUCUUAAGGCUCUGAAACCAUUAAUAAAGAAGUUGAGUAAGGAAAAGUUGGGAAAAUUAUCUCUGAGAGUGAAAGAAGCUUAUAAUGAUCUCUGCAAGCAUCAAGAGAGAUUGAUGGAUGAUCCUAAUCUGAUGAAUAUUCAGGAAGAGUUGACAAUGGAAGAGCGAUGGCUAAUAAUCUCAGCAAUUGAGGAGAAAGUUUUAAAACAAAGGGCUAAGUUACACUGGCUUCAGCUUGGAGAUGGAAACAACAAAGUUUUUCAUAAUGCAGUUAAGAUAAGAGAAGCAAGAAAUGCCAUAAGGGAGAUCAGAUGUCAGUCAGGUGAGGUGGUUACAACUCAGGAAGGAAUUAAAAAUGAAGCUGAAAAAUUCUUUAGUGAAUUUUUAUCUUUUGAGCCUCCGGAAGUUCAAGAAAUAUCAGUAGAAGAGUUGCAGAAUUUCUUAUCUUUUCGUUGCUCAAAUGAAGAAAAAUCGAAGUUGAUAAAGCCAGUAACUGAAGAAGAAAUUAAGGAAGUGGUGUUCAAGAUGCCAAAUAAUAAAUCCCCAGGCCCUGAUGGUUACACAACUGAAUUCUUCAAGGCCUCUUGGAGUGUUAUAGGCAAGGAUUUAGUGAUUGCUAUUCAGUCUUUUUUCAGCAAGGGGUUUUUGCCAAAAGGUUUGAACUCUACUAUCCUUGCACUUGUGGCCAAGAAAGACAAAGCUAUAGAGAUGAGAGACUAUAGACCAAUAUCCUGUUGCAAUGUGAUUUAUAAGUCAGCUUUUGUAAAAGACAGGCUUCUUGUGGAAAACUUGCUGUUAGCUACGGAAAUCGUGAAAGACUAUCAUAAAGAAGAUGUCUCCCCAAGGUGUGCUAUGAAGAUUGAUAUAGCUAAAGCUUUUGAUUCUGUUCACUGGCCUUUUUUGUUGAAUACUUUGCGAGCUCUUAACAUGCCUGAGGAGUUUGUGCAUUGGAUAGAGCUGUGUGGUUGCACCCCGUCGUUUUCAGUCCAAGUUAAUGGAGAGCUGGCAGGUUUCUUCCAAAGUAAAAGGGGUUUAAGACAGGGCUGUGCUUUAUCCCCUUACCUUUUUGUCAUAUGCAUGAAUGUGUUAUCGCACUUACUGGAUAAAGCAGCUGCUCAGAAGGUAAUAGGAUAUCAUCCUAAGUGCCAGAAUAUCUUGCUUACGCAUUUAUGCUUCGCUGAUGAUCUGUUGGUGUUUACGGAUGGUACAAAAAGAUCUAUUGAGAAUGUUCUGAAGAUUUUUGAAGACUUUGCAGCUAUAUCGGGGUUAAAGAUUAGCUUGGAGAAAUCAACUCUGUUUACAGCAGGUCUAUCUGAAGCUCAAGAAG